CUUGGAACCAUCAUCAACCAUGGCAGCCAAUGGAGCUCCGAGCUCGCCAUCGUUCGAAGCCCUCUCCUCUCGGACGGCUCGAUCUCUCAUCGACUCAGUCGAUGCCUUCCUCUUCGACUGCGAUGGAGUUAUUUGGACUGGUCACAAGCUCAUCGAUGGUGUUCCUGAAGUUUUGCAGACUCUUCGGUCUUUGGGGAAGAAGCUCUUGUUUGUGACAAAUAAUGCAAGUAAAUCAAGGAAUCAGUAUGUGAAAAAGUUCCAUACACUUGGGCUUGAUGUUUGCAAGGAUGACAUCUUUUCAUCGUCAUUUGCUGCAGCAAUGUUCUUGAAGCUGAACAAUUUCCCACAGAAUAAAAAGGCUUAUGUUGUCGGUGCAGAAGGCAUACUAGAAGAAAUGAAUCUUGCUGGUUAUGCAUGUCUUGGUGGUCCUGAAGGCGGGAAGAACAUGGAACUAGAUUUGAGCCUCCUAACAGAAUGUGAUAAAAGCAUUGGAGCAGUUGUAGUCGGACUUGACAAGCAUAUAAAUCACCACAAGCUCCAGUAUGCAACUCUAUGUAUCCGCGAGAAUCCUGACUGCCUAUUUAUUGCCACUGAUGCUGCUGGACAUUUAUUAGCAAACUUGGAACAAUGUUCAGAUUAUCAAUGUGCAGGAUGCACAAUUUCCUCAUUAUGCGCAUCAACUGAAAAAGAACCUAUUGUUGUUGGAAAACCAUCAUCCUUCAUCAUGGACAUUUUGGUCGAAAGAUUUCAAAUUAACCCCGCAAAAAUGUGCAUGGUGGGUGAUAGAUUGAACACCGAUAUAUUAUUUGGUCAAAAUGCUGGUUGCAAAACUCUUCUUGUUCUUUCAGGUGUUACUACUUUAUCAGCUUUGCAGGAUCCUUCGAAUGACAUUUAUCCAAAUUACUACACAAGUAAUGUAUUUAACAUUGUUGAGCUCUUAAGAACAUGAUCUUUUGAUGUAAAAUAACUGAUGUUGUUUUUCUGUUAUUCAUCUUUCUCUGCAAAUGCUGCAGAAAUGAAAAUUUGUAUUUCCUGUAAUUCAUUUUUGUCUGCAAAUGCAGCAGAAAUGAAGCACAUGUUUGAUGUUGUACCAAUAAAUUUGUGUUUGUAUCAGUUUGCUUUCUGUUUCUGAUUUA